AUGUCCACCACAACGCCUUCUCCAGAUACUGAUCCGCAACCGCCAGCCGUCAACUAUGUAAUUGGAUUCCUGCUGGUCGGGAUAGCCUGGGGACUCACCACCCCGUUCAUCCGCCGGGCCGCCAAAACCCAUAACCCAGCACCGCAUCCGAUCAUGGACAGACCAGAUGUGAAAAACAACUGGUCCAAAAACAAGUUGUUUGGUGCCUUCUUUUCCGUCAUGGACCUAUUGAAGAACCCGAGAUACGCGAUACCGCUUUUGAUCAAUCUCACGGGGAGCAUCUGGUUCUUCCUUCUCAUUGGAAAAGCUGAACUGAGCUUGACGGUCCCGAUUGUCAAUACUUUAGCUUUUCUCUUCACUGUACUCGGCGAUUGGUGGGUCGAGAAGAAAGUUAUUAGCAGAGAUACUUGGAUUGGAAUGGUCCUGUCGAUCUGUGGGAUCGGUUUAUGUGUUCAUAGCAAGACAGGCUAA